AUGGACUCGAAGCACAGCGAGCCGAGCCCGCUCGAGUCACUCCCCGUCGAGUUGGUGCGGCUCAUCCUCUCGGCGCUUCCAGAUGUGAUCUCUUUACAAACUGCAAUCUUGUCAUCUCCUACAUUUUACCGCCCCUUCGUACGAGCGCAAUCGGCAAUUACCUCGCAUGUGUUGCUUCAACAGAUUGAUGCCACGGUACUCCCUGACGCCGUGCUCGCCGUUUCGGCAUCAAGAUUACAAACCUGCGAUGAGACCGAUCGUCUGGAACUUGUACGGGAAUUUUCAAGGAAAAGCCUCGGUGACAAAGCGAUGCUUCCUAAGACGUGGCCACUGCAAGAGGCAGUUGCUAUUGCGAAACUCCACGUCUACGUGGACGGCUUCGCACACAAAUUCGCCGCGGCAACCUUGACAGAACCACCCUUCGCUCCGGCCGAGUCCUCACCCAUGCCGACACAGCAAGAGAGUCUCCGUAUACACCGAGCUCUGUACCGCUUCGAGACCUACCGCCAUCUCUUCCGGGUAGCGCCGGAUGCGCUGAGGCUCGACAGCCUCCAAUUGUUCUUCCGACACUACUCUACCUUUGAGAACGAACAGCUCGCUUGUAUACACGACUUCUUUGCGCGUGCUGUCUUGUUAUCUCUCAUUGGAAAAGUGUCAGACGGGACAUUCGAGACCACAAUCAACUCUCCCCUGGUGCAGAACCUCCUCCUGCUCGGCCUCGAGGGUCUCCAUAAUGCCAUUUAUAGGGUGCCCGGCAAUCUAUUUGCGGAUUUGCCUCCUGGGGCCGACCUCUUUCGGCCCCAGUCGUUUCUCUACGCCGGGCUCUGUUACGCAAAUGAUUCUGAAAUUCACAUCACCCUGAAUGAGAUGAGCCCGCAGCUCCAGGAGUUGCACAUCAGAAAGCCAUUCUUUGCAGAUCCCGACUCUGGUCCUCUUGAAGCCUGGAAAUGGGCGUACUUGGAGGAAAUGGGAAUGGAGUUUGUGUUCAACAGAGCACGGCGGAGUCUGAGGCGGUGGGGAUACGUCCUAUGGGAUCGAUGGCGAUUGGACGACAUUGGCGUCUUGGAGGAGCCAUUUGAGCCAUGGUGA